AUGGCCACCAGUGUUGUGAAUGCACUAUUCGGAUCCUACGAUCUUCGAAAUGCCAAACAGUGGCGGGAUGAAGACAUGGCUUAUCGCGAGCAAGAAAUUCAAUGGCUCAAUGACGAUAUCGUCCGUGCUCACCAGUGGCGGGUCGCUGACAUGGAGCGGUUUCUACGACGGGAGAAAAUGCAGAGUGAACAUUUGGUCUGUGAAGCUCGAGCCGAGCAGCUUUCAACCGUCUCGGAACAAUCAGCUCUUCUUUGUGGCUUCAUUGUCAGUGCCAUGUGCAACGUCGGUGUACCGGAUAACGUCCGCGCUUCUGUCUUGUUCUUGUAUACAGUCUCCGGUACAUCCGUCUGUGUCGCCAUGCUCAUUUGUGCCGUCAUGUGCACCAACCUUUUGCUGGCUGUCACGCGAUAUGCUGCCCAUACACUGGAAGACAGUGUCCGGUCAAUGGACAUGACGCAAUUGGAAUGGGAAUCCCCCUUUAGUUCGUGGUGGCUCCGACGCUGUGAAAAGGAGCAGAUGACUGCAUACAAGUUCCUGCUCUUUGGCGUCGCUUUCUUCUUCCUCUACUUGGGCGCAGUCUCCUGGGUGCAAUUCUACAUGUCCACAGGCACGUCUCUUAGUAUCUCGUCGCUCUCGUUUGUGGGCUUUCUCAUUUGGCAGCUACGCAUUGCAAGCAAAUGGAGAUACCUGCUGACACCACCUUUGUCGCGAAACGCUGCACGCGGCAUGGCAUCCAGUGCUCAAUUAUCGGCACUCUCGGAUUCGUACCUGUCGAUGCCAAAGACGCCACGAACAAUGAGAAAAUCCUCAAUGGUCGAAUCCAGCUCGGAAGUUCUGGGCUCGACGUCCGGCUUCACGUAG